AUGGCCUGCAAGCUGAUCGUCCUCGCCGCCUUCGUGGCCGUGGCCCGUGCCGGCUACCUGGGCGCCCCUGCCGUCUACGCCCCCGGCGCUCCUCUGGCUGCCCGCGCCUACGCCGCCCCCGUGGCGUAUGCCGCCCCCGCUCUCCGUGCUGCCCCCGUGGCCUAUGCCGCCCCUGCCCUGCGCGCCGCCCCCCUGGCCGUCGCCCCCGCCGUGAGGGCCGCCCCCGUCGCCGUCGCCGCCCCCGCCGCAGUGGCCGCUGAGUACGACCCCAACCCCCAGUACAGCUACGCCUACAAUGUGCAGGACGCCCUCACCGGUGACUCCAAGACCCAGCAGGAGAGCCGCAACGGUGACGUCGUCCAGGGCAGCUACAGCCUGGUCGAGCCUGACGGUUCCAUCCGCACCGUCGACUACACCGCCGACCCCGUCAACGGCUUCAACGCCGUCGUGCACAAGGAGGCCGGCGCCCACCCCGCCCCCGUCGUCGCCAAGGUGGCCGCCCCCGUCGCCUAUGCCGCCCCCGCCGUCGCUAAGGUCGCUGCUCCCCUCGCCUAUGGAAAGGCCAUCCUGGGUUAAAAACAACAACGACUUGGAACAGACAAGUAUCUAGAAAAUUCCCACCAAGUUCCCAUCCCUUUUCCCUGUCCAGAAACAUUUCUACUGUGCCUUUUUAUGUACAUAAAUUGUCCUAUUUAUUGUGUGUGAAUGAGUCUUCCAGUCCGUAAAAAGCAAAACGAAUAAAAUUCGUUACAACCACAAAACCUGUUACUAUGUGGAACACUCAUUUUACCACCACGUAUCUUAUUAAUGAUUCUUCUGUGACACCUAAAUACAGGAAUUAUGCUUAAGAUUAAAAUCUAGAAUGGUGUGAGUACGAUUCGCAACGUGUAGCUUGUUUAUAGAGGUAGCCAGUUUUUUUAAGACCUGUCAACAGUGUUUUCACAAUGCCUAGCUUGUUUCUGGAGGUAGCCAGUUUGUUAAGACCUGUCAACACUGUUCAAGUUUCCUCACAGUUAUCAGAAUAUUUCAGAUGUAUGGAAGCUGUCCCUUUAAACCCCUUCACCGCACAGGAAAAUGAAAAGAGACCACCAGCCUAGGUUCAAGUUUCAAGCUACAACAUUCUAAUUAGUGUAUGUUGAAACUGGCUGAUACAGAAAGUUAUCACAAUUAUGCACAUAGCAUGAGAUGCAUCGAUUACAAAGAACUACCAAACUGAAAUUUUUCUUACUGGGACUGUGUGCAUAAAAAACUCAUUGCAUUGGUAAAUGAUCUUAUUCUUGGAGUUUGUAGUAUUGAGUGCUAGAGUAGUAGAAGGAGAUGGAAACUUGGAUGCGAGAGAUGCCCCAUGACGUAGAAAACUCGCAGGGAGAAGAAGAAGAAGGAGGAGGAGGAGAAGGAGAAGUGAUCUUACCCGUUACGCGAUUUGUCACGAGUAUUAUGAUACAAAACGCCUGAGAUACAACAAAAACUUUGUUAUCCUGUAGGACCAACUGACUCAUUGCGUAAAGAAGUCGAUCAAAAACAAUUAUCUCACGUUUGAACAGUGGCAGCACGGCAACAAUACGGCUCACCGCAAAUGCUGGCAUGUGUAACCGA